AACGGCAGUUGCCUUAGCACAACACCAGCUCUCCAUGUUGCGUCACACCCUUCCCGCCAUCUCCAGGAAGCGAGUAAUGGAACUUAUCAUGUAAAUUCUAACUUGGUCGGCAUUCAAAUGCAGACCUCCUUCACUGACUCUUCACACCGAAGCAGCAGCUUGACUUCACACUGAAAGGAGUGAAAAGGAAGGCAACAGCCAUCAUGUCUGCAGAGCGGACCCCGCUCCUCAGCAGGGUCCCGGUGGCUGAGCGCCGGCCACGGUACCCUCAUGGUGUCUUGCGUCGCUUUUGCACCAUCGCUCUGGCCUCUACCCUGAUCUGGUUCCUGGUUGCCGUGGCCGUGUCGUCAACCUUCUUCCCGGACGGCCACUCGCAUCACGAUCCCCAUGACAGGUGGACAUGGCCCGGCUGCGGCAAGAGGAAAGUGGACUACGAGCAGCUGAAGCGCAUCCUCCUCGACACGCCGUCCAGCAAGCACGCUGAGGAGUGGAGCAGGUACUACACGGCCGGGCCCCAUCUUGCCGGCAAGAAUUAUUCCCAAGCCUUGUGGACCAAGACCAAGUGGGAGGCGUUUGGCAUCAAGGCCGAUAUUGUCUCGUACGACGUCUACAUCAACUAUCCGGUCGACCAUCGGCUGGCCCUCUUGGAGAGGGAGAGAGAGAAGAGCGGGAAGCACGAUGAUGGCGCCCCCGCCUGGAAGGUGUCCUUCGAAGCAUCCCUGACCGAAGACAUCAUCGAGGAGGACCCCACGAGCAGCCUGCCCGACCGAAUCCCGACUUUCCACGGCUACUCUGCCUCCGGAAACGUCACCGGCCCCGUCGUCUACGUCAACUACGGCACCUACCAGGACUUCGAGGACCUGGUCAGGGCCAAUGUCACGCUCAAGGACAAAGUGGCCAUCGCCCGCUACGGCGGCAUCUUCCGCGGGCUGAAGGUGAAGCGUGCACAGGAGCUCGGCAUGCUCGGCGUCAUCCUGUACAGCGACCCGGGCGAUGACGGCGAUGUCACCGAGGAGAAGGGAGUCAAGGUGUAUCCGGACGGACCAGCCCGCCAGCCGAGCAGCGUGCAACGCGGAAGCACCCAGUUCCUCAGUUUUGCCCCAGGCGAUCCGACGACCCCCGGCUAUCCUUCUAAGCCAGGUGCUCCCCGCCAGCCGGUGCAUACGGCCAUCCCAAGCAUUCCAUCCAUUCCCAUCUCAUACGCCGAUGCCGUGCCCAUCCUGAAGGCUCUCAACGGCCAUGGCCCCAAGGCUGAGGAUUUCAACAAGUACUGGACCCGCAACACGGGCCUGCAGUACAAGGGCGUGCACUACCAUGUUGGGCCCACACCUGACGAUGUCGUUGUGAAUCUAUACAACCAGCAGGAAUAUAUAACAACGCCUCUGUGGAACGUUAUCGGCGUCAUUAACGGCACCAUCCCGGACGAAGUUAUCGUCGUUGGUAAUCAUCGCGAUGCGUGGAUCGCCGGAGGGGCCGGCGACCCCAACAGCGGAUCUGCCACGCUGAACGAGGUCGUCCGAUCGUUUGGAGAGGCUGUCCGUCAGGGGUGGAAACCGCUCCGCACCAUCGUGUUUGCCAGUUGGGACGGCGAAGAGUAUGGCCUCGUUGGUUCGACGGAGUGGGUGGAGGAAUUCCUCCCGUGGUUAAGAGACGCCAACGUGGCUUACAUCAACACCGAUGUCUCAGUCCGAGGCACACACUUGAAGGCAUCCGCGGCCCCCCUGCUUGACAACAUCAUCCACGCAGCAACAGCAGCCGUUCCGUCGCCGAACCAGACCGUCCCAGGCCAGACCGUGCACGACGUUUGGGACAAGCGCAUCAGCACCAUGGGCAGCGGCAGUGAUUUCACCGCCUUCCAGGACUUCGCUGGCAUCCCGUCCCUCGACAUCGGCUUCGAUUCCGGCCCCGGCGAGCCCGUGUACCACUACCACAGCAACUACGACAGCUUCUACUGGAUGGAGAAGUUCGGCGACCCAGGCUUCGUGUAUCACCGGACCAUGGCCCAAGUCCUGGGGCUGAUCACGGCCCAGUUAGCCGACCUGCCGCUGAUCUCCUUCCGAGCAGCCGACUAUGCACACGCUCUAGAUCGCUACGUGCAAAGGGUCGAAGACAAACUCAACGCCGCUCUUUCCCCAACCACGGAGAUCGACGUAGCCACUGUAACCGAUGACAAACUAUACUUCGAACUCCGCGGCGGCACCCGCAACAACAACAACAGCUCUCUUACCCCUUUUAGCCUGGCAUCCGGAGAGUCAUUCAAGCACUCCCUCAAACGGCUGCACCGUGCUCUAGAAAAGCUAACCAAGCGCGCCGUGAGCCUGGACGAGCACGCCGACCGCCUGCGCGACCGCGUUCGCCGCGGCCACCUCCCCUGGUGGAAAUGGCCCGCCAAACUGAAGCUGGGGCUGGAGAUACGCAAGGUGAACACCAAGUACAAGUACCUCGAGCGCAGCUUCCUGUUUGAGCAGGGCUUGGAUGGCCGGCCGUGGUUUAAGCAUGUUGUGUUUGCGCCGGGGUUGUGGACUGGUUAUGCUGGUGCUGUUUUCCCCGGCUUGGUGGAGAGUAUCGACAACCAGGACUGGUCGAAUGCCGAGAGGUGGGUGGAUAUCAUCGAGAGCCGGAUUCGAAAUGCUGCGCAUGGGUUGUGAGGUGGCAACUAGUAGUAGGUAGGUUCGGGUUGGUAGAUGUCCAUGUGUUACAUAAGGUACAGACUGGAGUGUGUCUGAGGUGCAUACAUACCGAAGUAUCUAGUUUGGCGCUUGUAUUCGCGGCACCGGGUCCAUAUGGAUUGACGGUGGUCUUGGAAACCACGACGGGAAUGACAUAUAGGUACUAGUAUAGUUCAACACCAAAAGCGGACAGCGCUAUAUAGAGUUCGAGCCUAGACU